AUGUAUGGUAAUUAACUUAAAGCAUUAAAAAUGACUAUUGAAUAAUUUAAAAAAUUCAAAGAUAUGAGUCAUGCUUAGGCCAGAUAAUAAUAAUAGUUUCCAAUUAUUUAUUCACAAUUAAUUGAGAAUCUAAAAAUGUAAUAAUUUACAGAAAAAAAAUUAGUUAACAUAAGUGAAAGAAUUGAAAAAAAAGUACUUUAUUAUUUAACAUCUGAUGAAUAGGAUUAAGUUUAUAAAUUAUUUUCAUUAAUAUACUCCAAUAAUUUAGAUUUAUUAAACACUAAAUAAUUAGGAAUUAUUAUUAAGUAUUAAGAACAAUUAAAUAAUAUAAUUGAAAAAGCUUUAUAGCGUCCUCUUACCUAAGAAGAUUUAUAUGAAUUGUUAUCAUCCAUCAAUUAUCGAAAUUGUUGGUCACAAGUUAAUUAAAAUAAUAUAGAUCGAAUUAAAACCUCUAUAGAGUAAAUUAAUUAAUCAGAAAAUGAACUUGAUUAUUAUUUAUUCAAUCAAUUAUUAAUUGCUUCUGAUUCAAUUAAUCUUGAUAAUUACAUUAGAAAAACAUUUAAAUCUCAUAAAGUUCAAAAAAUUUUCAAUAAAAAUGUUCCUGCCUAGAUUAUUCAUCUCAACAUCAUUAUAAAAAUACUUGGAGAUUAAUAUUUACCGUCAACAUUAUGGAAAUUAUAUUAAAACGAUUUUUUAGAAUUAGAAUUAACAACUUUAUAAUAAUAAUAAUUCGUUUAUGAUCAUUUGAAACGUUAUUAUUAAUUAACAAAUGACACAGAUAAAAAAUUGAUUCAUUAAUAUAUAAGUAAAGAUAGAUAAUCAAAUAUUUAUAUUAAUUCAAUUUUAGGAGAUAUUCAAAUAAAUUUAGAAAAUUUAAAUGAACUAAAAAUUGAAACUCUUUUAAAAAAUUGUAGUUUAGAUGACUUUAUUACUUUAAAUAGAUAAAUAGUUAGAAUAAAUAUCAAUUAAUCGAAUGAUUCAUUUAUUCAUAAUUACUUAAGUACAAAAAUCAUUUAAAACUAUAGGUCUUCUGAUGGAGGAAUUAAAUUAUUUUUAAGAAGAGACAAUUUUUUCUUAAACAGGAAAAUUGGAUCAAUAUAUUAGACUUUUAGCUUCAAUUGAUGGAUUUAAAGAGUUAAAAUUACAAAAAAAAUAGAUAAAUCAUAUUGAUGAAAUAUAUAAAAUUAUAGAAAAAUCAGUAUUUUAAUAUAUUUGCAAAAAUCAUUAUGAACUUGAUUUAGAUGGAACAUAAGAUCCAUUUGCAAUAGAACUUCUCAAGUCUUAAAAAUAAAAAUCAGGUAAAUGGAAAGAAGAAGAAAAUUAAGUAACGAUUAUAAUAUCUGAAAUUGAUUCUUAAAAUUUACACUAAAUUUAUUAAAUAGGAGAUUUCUUUAAUAAGAAUUAACAAGGAAGAAUAUAUUUUCAUUAUUGUAUUGUGAAAUAAUUAGUGGUUAAUUUUUAAAAACUUGAAUUUAUAAAAUAAUGUGAUAUUCUUUAUUAUUUAUCAAGAAUUGAUAAAAUUUUCAUGAUUGAUUCAUUUGAAUAUAAAAUAGAUUAUAGCCAAUUUCAAAAUUUAAAUAAGGAAGAACUUGUUAAGUGUGCAAUUCAGUUAUUUUAUUAUAAUCUGAUAUCAUUUAAUGUAGACAAAGCUAUAACUAGUAAAUUAGUGGAUAUAUUACAUCAAAACCUGGGUCAAAUAGAAGAAUUGAAUAAAGAAUUGUAAAUAGCCUUCUAUUAAGCAUACGAGUAUUUUUUACUUUAAUAAAUAGGUUAAUGCAAAUAGAAUUUCCUUCAAUCUAAGCGUAAAGUUUGCCAGAAAGAUAUAAAUAAGUAUUUGAGGAUUAUUGGCUGUAUUUAUAAAAAGAAACAGAAGUAAUGGUUUCAGAUACUAAAAAAUUUUUGGAUAAAGAAGGAUAUCAUUAUACAUAUAUGAAAUAGAUCUUGAUAUGGAAAUUCUUAUAUGUGUUUGAAGAAAAUUAAACAGUUGUUAUUUGUUUAUCUGACAGAUUUUAUUUGGGAAAAACUAAUUUAAAUUUAAUAGAAUUAGGAAUUUUGAAGCGAGUUUUAAGAUGUAUUAAAUUAAUUGAUUUUUAAGUACAUGAAUAUAAAUUGAGAAUUUUGGAUAAACAUGAAUAUGAAAAAUUAAGUACUAGACAUGAAAAAAAUGAUUAUAUUUAUGAGAAGUUAAAGUACCUAAGUCGUGAACCAAAACAACCUAAGAAACCAUAUUUUAAUAUUUGAUAAUAUAAUUUAG